AUGAGGAUCAUAGACCCCCAGACAGCAGUGCUCACCAACGUCGAGGUCCUGGCACAUAUAACAGCCAACCCACCACGACGGCCUCCCAAUGCGCCUCCGAAUUCCAGGAACUGGGUUCCUAGUCCUGAUUUACGAGAUCAUAACACCGUCGUUAAGGAGAUACACAACUAUGUCUCCCGUCUCGCUCCUCACAUCCUAGAUUACCCCCGCUACGUGCACGGUGACCCCCAAGCCCUCCAACUGCAACAGCAACAAGCACAGUCAACAUCAUCAUCCACAACCGCCCCUCAGGUCCUCCCACCCCGCCAACCGAACACCCCCACACCAAUGGACAUUGCCCUGCGCGAUCUCGUCGCCCGUCUCAAACCAUUCGGGCUAACAAAGGGCGAGGUCCUCAUGAUUGUUAACCUGGGUGUUGGUCUGAAUCCGCCCGCGGAAGCAAACGGCGAGGAGGGCAUGGAUGUCGACGGUGGUGAGGAGGGUACUGGGGAAGAAGCUGCGCAGGCUGAAGCUGGAGGUGAAGAGGGUGGUGAAGUUGGUGAGGGGGAACUCUCAGAGGAGGAUUAUGGUGCUUUGGCUUUGCUGGAUACUGUUAUCGAGGAGCGAGAGGAGAGAUUGGGGAAUGAAGAUGUCGCGCAGGUUUUGGCGAUUAUUCGGGAGACGUUGGGGUCGAAGGGGGCUGCUGGGGAAUAA